UUCCCCUCGCCUCUCUCCCUCACUACUACGCCAUGGCCGACUACAACCAAAAUCCAUUCGCAUCCACCCACUCGCUCGAUGCAAACCCCUUCGACGACCCCGCGCCCGCUCAGAACAAGACCGCACGGCAGCGUGACCUCGAACAAAGGGAGCGCGACCUGGAGAGACGCGAACAGGAACUCAACCAGCGAGCAGAACACAUCAGAACACACGGCAGAAACAACUGGCCCCCAUUCUUCCCGCUGAUAUUUCAUUCCAUCCCUGAAGAAAUCCCCGAAGCCUCGAGACCCCUCAUAACCCGUCUCUACCAAUUAUGGCUCGCCCUCUUCGCAGCCUUGAUCGUAAACAUGAUCGCAUGCAUCUUCCUCCUCGUUGCAGGAUCAUCAGACGGCGGAAAAGACUUGGGCGGUAGCAUAGGCUACCUCCUAAUAAUUACCCCCCUCUCCUUUCUGCUGUGGUAUAGACCAAUAUACAAUGGCUACAUGAAGGAGCAGGCCUUGUAUUACUACAUCUUCUUUUUCUUCUGCGGUUUCCAUCUGCUUUUCAGCAUUUACAUGGUCAUCGGUAUCCCCAGUACCGGUUCAGCCGGUCUCAUUCAGACCAUUCAAAUGUAUGCGUCCGGCCACUGGGCUGCGGGCAUCCUUGGCACGGUCGCUACCGUCGGCUGGUCAGUGCAGGGCCUGGGGUUAGCAUACUACUACCGUCAGAUAUGGAACCAUCACAACACAGCAGGUCACACCGUCGACAAGGCCAAGGCAGAGCUGGCGAGUCACGGAGCCAAAUCGUACUUUACCCGUGGAUGAUCGAUGAUUAUUAUGUCUUUACACUCGUGUACCCUUCAUGUAUGCCCGGUCUGAGACAAUUUUGAUGAUUAAUGGCAAAUGCCCGUCGGG